CUCUCGUUGAACACAUUGCAUCACGGCGAUCCUCCGGUGAUCCACGAUCGUGUUCGGUUCGGAAGAAGGCAAUGAAGUUUUAGUUUUUGUUAUUGACUAUCUCGUUAUAACUAUUAUGGACGCCGAAACGAGUUCUAAGCCAAAUUCUAACGAAUCUUCGGUUCUGUUGGAGUGGCAAAAUCUUACAGUAAGUGUUGGUAGUGACCAAUUUUGGAAGUUUCGUAGUAAACGAAAGGAUGCCAGUUGUAUUCUGAAGAAUGCUAAUGGAGCGGUACGAUCGGGAGACCUUAUGGCUGUCAUGGGAGCAAGUGGAUCGGGCAAAACUACGAUGCUGGCGGCCGUUUCGAUGCGCAUGACGGCGGAUGACGUCCGGGGGAAGAUUCUGGUGAACGGGAUGCCAGUGAGUCAAAGUCAGAUGAAGCGCUUGUCUGGCUUCAUGCCGCAGUUCGAGAUCUCAAUCAACUCGUUGACAGUUCGGGAGCAUCUCACAUUUGUGUCCAGGCUGAAGGGAGUGCCCCAGUGCCAGAUGAGAAGCAUUAUCGGUGAGUUGAACUUGGAAAAAUGUGAACAAACAAGAAUUUCCAACCUAUCGGGAGGAGAACGGAAGAAGGUGAAUUUGGCGGGAGAACUGCUGACGGAACCGCACUUUCUGUUCUGUGAUGAACCGACCACGGGACUGGACAGCUUCAGUGCCGUUUCAGUGAUCAGAACGUUACGGAAGUUGGCUGUGGUCCAUAGGAAAGCCAUUCUCUGCACCAUCCAUCAUCCGGCAUCGGCACUAUUCGAAUGCUUCAGUGAAGUCAUACUGCUUCGGAAAGGCAAAGUUUACUUCCAAGGCUCAACGGCGGAGACCAGAUCAUUUUUCGAAAGCAUCCGUUUUCCUCUGCCAGUAAAUUGCAAUCCUGCCGAUCACUACUUCAAGCUGGUUUGCGAUUCUAAUGCUAACAAGUCUUCGGGUGAGACUGACUUUCAGACCCGCCACGAAUUGGUGCGUAGACACAAGCAAGAUAACAUCGCGGAAAAGCGGUCCAUGGCGGCUGUGAACAGAAGUAACAUAAAGCUGAAUCCCAACGGGGACAACCGACAACCUGGAUGGUCAACCCAACUGUGCCUGUUGUUACACCGCGGUGCCCUAGACAGAAUACGGAACAUUCGCGAAUACGUCAUAGUGACCAUGUUAUUCCUGAUCACCAGCAUUACCAUCUCGGCGCUAUACUUUCACAUCACCCCCACCAGCCAGACGGCUAUCCAAGACAUCCGCGGGGCACUUUUCCUCAUGAUCUGUGAGUUGCUCUACACCGUCAGCUAUUCCGUGUUCUACAUGUUUCCCCAGGAACUGCCGCUGCUACGCCGAGAGGUCGGUGAGAAAAUGUACCGACUGUCGGCCUACUACGCCCACAAGGCACUGUUGACGGUGCCGAAAACGUUCUUCGAGUCGUUCCUGUUUGUCGGGAUCAUCUACGGGUGCGUGCAGUUUUCGGCCGACUUUGUCACCUACGUCGGAAUGGCCACCGUCUGUUCGGUGGCCAGUCUACUGGCCGUUGCCUACGGCUACCUGUUCUCGUCCAUCUGUGGCUCAAUGGAACUCUCAAUCGAGUAUGCCAACAUAAUCUUCUUACUGUACGCCCUGCUCGGAGGUUUAUAUCUGAACGUCGUCGCAUUUCCCAUCAGCAAGUUCAUCUCGUUCUUCUUUUUCGCCUCGGAAGGCAUUUCGGUGUACUACUGGCGUACGGUUGGCAGCAUCACCUGUGAUCCGGGCCGAAACACUACCUGCCUCCGGGAUGGUCAAGCUGUGCUCGAGGAUUCCGGCUACCGCACUACACUCGAGGCCAUCCACUACAACUAUCUGCUGAUGGUGGUCCAGAUUUUACUGAUUCAUUUUGUGGCCUACCUCAGCUUGCGAAGGUUGCUCAAAAGGGUGGGCUUUUACUAGCCGACUGAGAAAUAGUGUGUGUGUGUGUGUGUGUGAGUGAGAGACAGAAGGAGGAAAACGAAACAAUCCUUUAUUUUAUUUUAAUUUUAUUUUGUUUGAAACCCCUUUUUAACCAACCCGACUAGCGUAGAGAAAUUCGAAAAAAAUAAAAACUCGUUU